GUUCCUGUUUCAUGUAUUUCUACACCAGGACCGGGUAGCACUUCUAUACUCAUUCAGACUGUCAGUCAAAGCAUACCACCAGGUUUCCCAAGCGACCUUCCACGCGCAUAAAGACCACCCACUCCCAACACACAGCAAAAAAACAAACACAGCUGAAACCAUGUUUUUGGUCGCCAUCUUCCUUGCUCUCCUGGCUGGCUUUGUCUCAGCAAACGGGGGUGUAAUCACUACGCCAACCAAUGGAACUGUUAUCAUGCCCGGCGAAUCCUUCGCUUUCAGCUAUGAUCCGAUGGCGGAUUAUAGCAUAUCCACAUACAACUACACCGUCUUUCUUUUCACAAAACUUCCUUCGUCCCUUUUCUCCUCCACCGAAUGGUCGAACGGGCACUAUUUUGGAAGGUUCGAUUAUCCCAAUUAUCCGGCGGUACCAUACUCGACCCAUCCAGCCCCAGCUAACCUGACAAUGCCGGACUUUUCCCAGAGUCCCCGUACUGGAUGGGGUAGUGGAGCGAAUGUCACCAAUGCGACGGUCUAUUUACUCGUCCUCGAAGAAUGGCUUACAGGAUCGGACAAUUUUGGUUUGACAAUGAGUCUUGCAAUCAAUGAGCUCAUUUAUAAUGGGACCACGUCGGGAUCGUGAUCGUCAACUUGCCCACAUUUUGGACCCUCGUGAAUACGUACAGAUUUCUGGAC